AUGUCUAAGGCCAUGCCUUCAAUCCCAAAGCCUGCUAUGGAGAAAUUCCUCCUGGCCAUGGAAUCCAUCUAUGGACCAUUUCCGUCUUCAGAUUCCCCUGAGAUCGCUACUUGGAAACCUCCUGCUACUGCGGAAGGACACAAGGGGCGCUAUCUGUGGACGGAUGGGUUUGCUGUAACCAAUUUCCUUACCCUCUAUAAGCUGACCAACGAUGGUCGUUAUCUCACCUUUGCCAGAUCCUUGGUCCAAAACGUUCAUGACGUGCUCGGUUAUACUCGUGACGGACAGUCUCGUCUUCCUGGGGCAACGGAAGCCUAUCCACUCAACGGCGGUCUUCGCAUCGGCAAGCAUGACGAAGCAGGCUCCGAUGGUGAUGGACAGUACUUUCAUUAUCUGACUGUUUGGAUGUUCGCCCUCAACCGCAUGACACAAAUCUUAGGGGACAUCUGGUAUAACGAACAAGCCAUCAAUAUGGCUCGAGCUGUUCUGCCAAGCUUCAUGUACAAGAUGAACUCUACAAGACCACGAAUGUAUUGGAAGCUCACAGUGGAUAUGUCUAAGCCACUUGUUGCGGGUGAGGGAAAUCUCGACCCUAUUGAUGGGUACGUAAUGUACAAAUUACUUCAAGAGACGGCUGCUAGUUUGGAUAAUACAAAGGAAGGUGUGCUCGGACAUGAAAUUACAUUGCUGAAGAAGGUCGUCGAUACCAAAUGGAAGAACUGGCAUUCAACUGACCCGUUAGAUAUUGGUAUGACUCUGUGGACAGUCCACUGGCUAAAAGAGCCAGAACAGUGGGCUCUCACCCUUCAACAGAGUGCUGCUAGUUGUUUGGACCAGCUGGUUCGAUCAGGCUACUUCGAUGCCAAGGCUAAGUCUCCAGGUCAGCGUCUAGCAUUUCGCGAGUUUGGUACAGCGCUCGGGGUGCGGUGUCUCCUAUCUACCGACAGUCAGGCUCCACCCGGGUCAGAAUUGGGGGAAUUACCACAAAGGAUCUGCAAGACAUGGGAAGAAGUCGGAUUGGUUCCUGUUCCCACCAGCCAGCAGAAAGAAACAAUGGCAGAGCUGAUGCCAAUCACUGCUGUCAUGUAUGCGGCUGCACUGUUUCCUGGCUCGAUGAUGCUCUCAUGA